AUGAGUCUAGGGGUGGGAGGCAACGGAGAAACCAUGCGGGCGCAGCAGGAGCUUCUUAAGAAGAUCACUCAUGAGCUGGACGCUGAACGCGAAGCCUCUUCGUCGGCUGCUUCCGAAGCCGUGUCGAUGAUUCUACGCCUUCAGGAAGAGAAAGCAGCGUUGGAGAUGGAGGCUAGUCACUACAAUAGGAUGGCUGAGGAGAAGAUGUGCCACGCUGAGACUUCUCUGACGCUCUUCGAAGAUCUGAUUUACCGAAAGGAAAUGGAGAUGGCCCUUGGCUGCUCUGAUGUUCAUGCCGAGGAGAAGAAAGGUGUUGAGAGUGGUUCUUUAUCUCCUCGUCAAGACUUGAGCGCGUGUUGGGAAGAGAUCAGGAGAAUAGACGAUCAUGUUCGAGAGGUUUCAGAGUCGAGAGAUGUUGCCAAGGGAUCUAAAUGGUCUUUGCUUAGGCAUGAGUCUAUUUCACAUGCAUUGGUUUCACAGGUGAGUAAUAUUAUCCUCGAGUCAGAUGAUCAAGAAUCCUGA